UUUCUUUCUUUCUCUUUCUUUCUCUUUAUUUAUAUAAAACAUGCUACAGAAAAAGAGACAUGCAGCAGAUGAUGAAUCAACGAUCAAUGUGAAGAAUACAGAAGGGAAUGUGGAUUAUUUAUCAUAUAACUUUGAUGAAAUGGAUCUUGCUGCAUCUUGGAGAGUAUUAACCAAACAGAAAUUAAACAUUAUCAAUGGUAUUCGAUUGGAGAAUGCCUCAUGGAGAACAUGGGCCAAACAAAGAAAUAAUCUCAAGACGGUGAGUCCAGAGACAUUGAAUUGGUUAAAGGAUAGUGAUGUAACAUGGCUUUAUGGACCAUUGCAUACAGUAAUGAAACAAGAUAAGAAGCAUAUCAGACCAUUACCUUCGCCACUUCAAGAACCACGAGAGAAACCAUUGAAAUCAGCAUUAAAGAAAGUGACAAUGUCAGAUUUAUUGAAAAGAUCAGCAUCUGAAUUGCAAAUACACCAAAAUAAUCCUAAAAAGAAAGAUGAUGAUUUAUCAACAAGCAGUAGUUUAUCUAUAUCUAAAGUAAAUCAGGAAGUAGGCGCAUUUUCUCCUUCUGUUAUCGCAAACCAUCGUCAACCGAAACUGAGAUUCAAUCAGUAUGUAGAACAGUGUAUUGCAUUAACUGGGAAAACAAAGAAUACAGCAAGUGACGACACAGACUCAUAUGAACCAGAUGACGAUGAUGAUGACGAUGAUAAUAAUAAAGACGAAGAAGACGAAGAAGAAGUUAUUAUGAUGAAACCUAAAUCACAACAAAAAAUACGCUCUAUAAAGAAAAUUGAGCCUACUUUAUUAAAAACAAGCUCGAGAUCAGACGAGUCAUCGACCUCAUCAGACGACGAAAUAGGAGAUACGAGUUAUUAUAACUAUCGAUUACGUAGAUAUAACAGCAGCCAUGCCAAACAGAGAAAGAAUAGCUGUGAUUGGGAAGCAGAGAGUGCAGACUCGGAUGCACUAGUCCAGCAUAUCAUUCGUGUAUCAAAAGAUAGAAAUGCAAUCAACCAUGCAAGCAGUAGUAAUAGUAAUAAUAAUAAUAAUAAUAGUAGUAGUAGUAGUAGAAGUAAUAACAACAACAAUAAUAAUAAUUCGAUGAUCCAUUGGAAUACAGACGAUAUAGAUCAGGAUUAUAUACCAAGUAAAUCAGACUAUGACUAUGAAUUUGAUGACGAUGAUUGGGAUACACAUAGUGAACAUAUAGAUGAUGUCCCCUCUUUUACAGCUCAAAAGAAAAGAAGCAAUAGCAUCAGUAGUAACCACACACAUAGUACCAGUAGUAGCACCAGUAGUAGUAGUAGUAGUAUAUUAAAUAAUAUUGUACGUUGGGCAUCAAAUCAUCUAUGGUCAUCCUCUGAUAACGAAGACAAAUAAAAGUCUAACAUUAGAUUUGUAACAACUUUUUGUCUAUUGUUUAUUACUGACUGUAGACGUAAUUAAAAGAAUAACUUGUGCAAACGCGAGAAGAUGGUAAACAUGCUAUUGCUGUGUGUAAUUGUAAGCCUGAAAUAAUAGCUUAUUUACAACAAUGAGGUUAUUAAUUUGUAGAUGAUUAUCAAUCCAAAGAAUGCUUUUCGGCUUUUGGCGACCAAAAAACCACUGGUUCACAAUCAUUUCAUUCGAACUCUGACUCUGGUAUCAGAGCGUCAUAUUCUUUGCUUAUACUUACUUCUACGAGCUGAGUUCUCGUACUGCUAAAAGUAUUUGAGAGCGCAUACAAGGUCCCGAACUGCAAGUUGCAGGUGUCCUUGUCAGAUUCUGUAGAAAGUUAAUGAGAAUUAUUAAAGAAACAAAUCACUGGCAUAAAUAAGAGAACUAAGAUUA